UCUAACGCACAGAAACGAAAUACUGCACAUUCGUACUAAACACAAGGCCAUAUUAUUCUCUGUCCAUUUAAACUCUGUUUAUUUUCCAUUCUCUCCACCAUUUCUUGGACAUUUUCAGAGGCCCUUUUGAAUAUAUUAUAUUAUAUUUGAUAGUGAAGAUCUAUUAUGGUUGAGCUGCUGAAUGAGCGUUCUUUGGAGGAAACUCCGACCUGGGCUGUUGCUGUAGUAGUCUUUGCGUUGAUUGUCAUAUCUAUCAUCAUUGAACAUGUCAUUCAUCUCAUAGGAGCAUGGUUAAAAUCCAAACACAAACGAGCCCUUUAUGAAGCCCUUGAGAAGAUUAAAGCAGAGCUUAUGCUGUUGGGAUUCAUAUCGUUGCUCCUAACAGUGUUCCAAGGACCCAUAUCUGACAUAUGUAUUCCAAGAAUUGUAGCAAAAACUUGGCAUCCUUGUUCAAAACAAAAUAAUAAAAAGGAUAAGUCAGAUAAAGAUAGUUCAGGUUCAAAAGGAAAAGAUUAUUGUUCGGCAAAUGGUAAAGUUGCUUUAGUGUCUAAAUAUGGGAUUCAUCAGCUUCAUAUAUUCAUCUUUGUCUUGGCUCUUUUCCACGUUAUUUACUGCAUCACCACCUUGGCCUUAGGCAGAACCAAAAUGAGAAAAUGGAAAGUUUGGGAGGAUGAGACAAAGAAACUUGAGUACAUAUACAACAAUGAUCCUGAGAGAUUUAGAUUUACAAGAGACACAUCAUUUGGAAGAAGGCAUUUGAACUUCUGGAGCCAGUCACCAAUUUCACUUUGGAUUGUAUGCUUUUUCAGACAAUUCUUCGGGUCAGUCACUAAGGUUGAUUACAUGACACUGAGGCAUGGAUUUGUCAUGGCACAUUUGGCUCCAGAAAGUGAAACAAGAUUUGAUUUUCAGAAAUACAUUAGCAGAUCACUUGAAGAGGAUUUUGUAGUUGUUGUUGGAAUAACCCCACUCAUUUGGUUCGUUGCAGUAUUGUUUCUACUGUCCAACACAAAUGGAAUUUACUCUUAUCUAUGGCUGCCAUUUCUACCUUUGAUUAUAAUAUUAUUGGUGGGAACUAAACUUCAAGAAAUCAUAACAAUGAUGGGAUUAAGGAUUCAAGAGAGAGGGGAUGUGGUGAAGGGCGCACCAUUGGUUCAACCAGGAGACGAGCUAUUCUGGUUUGGACGCCCAAAAUUCAUGCUCUUUCUCAUUCACUUUGUUCUCUUUCAGAACGCGUUCCAGCUCGCCUUUUUUGCAUGGAGUACAUAUGAAUUUGGCAUAAACACUUGCUUCCACGAAAAAAAUGAAGAUAUCAUCAUAAGAGUCUCAAUGGGGAUCCUCAUACAUGUUCUAUGCAGUUAUGUGACUUUGCCUCUCUAUGCUCUUGUCACACAGAUGGGGUCUACAAUGAGACCAACCAUUUUCAAUGACAGAGUAGCAGCAGCACUAAAGAAUUGGCACCUUUCAGCCAAAAAGAACAAGAAACAGAACCGACAUUCGGAGACAAACUCGCCAUUCUCAAGCAGGCCUGCAACUCCAACCUAUGGUAUGUCUCCUGUUCAUCUGCUGCAGAAUUAUAGAAGCACAGUUGAGGGAUACUAUGGUUCUCCGAGGAUGUCUAAUGUCGAAAACGACUACUAUGAGCGUGAAGGCACACCAUCUCCCAACAAUGGACCAACUGCAGCAAGUGAAACACAAGGGCAUAACUAUGGAGUUGAAAAGGAUAUAAGUGAAGAAGGAGACCAAUUAGUUCAGGAGCCAAGCUCCUCACAGCAAAAUGAGGUCAAGAUUACCUUAUCUCACUUCUCAUUUCGGAAGUGAAAAUAGAUUUACACAACACAACUGUUUUACUCUUACAUUUUUUUUUUUGUUAAUUUAUUGAUUUUCUUUAUGUGUACAUUUUGUUGAAGAAUAUGUAUAAGCUUGAACUUAGCAGCAACUGCGUAAUAUAUAGCUACAUACUGGUGAGAAUGAUAUCCAAUAACUUUUGUAUUGACAGAAUGUGUAUUGUGAAUGAUUUUCAUUCGUUAGGCAUGAUAUAAUCAUAAAUCAACAUAGUUUUACAGUUUUGAUUAAUGGAUAAAUACCUUUUGAUUUUGGGUUCAAA